AUGGCCGCCCAGCCACUUCCGCCCCUUCGGCCCGUACAACCCACGCCUUCGACGCGUUCUUGGUGGCCACUGCCCCGCAACAACGCGUCCACCCCAAAUCACAUCACCAACGCUACGCAAGUGCCCACCAAUCACUCGAUGGCCCACGCGGGAACUCAGACCAGCAGCGCCCUGCCACGCAAUGUCGAGGGCAAUUCGGGGGUGUUGCCGGCGGUUCUGCUGAGCAGCGGCCUCCUCCUCAUCCUCAUCCUCAUCCUCAUGGCCAUCGCCUUUGCCGGCUUCUACGCCUUUCUACGCACACGAUUCGUCCUCAAGCCGCCCAAGGACAAGCAUGGCAGCACCCGGUCGACGCGCAGCAAAAAGAAGAAGGGCAAACGUGGCAAGCACAAGCGUGAUCACUCUGACGCGGAUAACUCGUCGAAGAAGGCCUCAAAAGACUCGAAGGGCUCCAAGGGAUCCGCCCACCCGCCCCCCAAGCAACUACCCAUCGCCAAGGCGCCGGCCAAUCGUGCCGAUCUGGACACGCUCGUCGACGUGCAGUCGAUCAGA